UGGAACUAGACAGCAGAACACACACAUACAUAGAAUAGAUAGAGAGGACAGCAACACACACCCAGCGCAUCAUCAAGUCACGCAGAAGGACAUGGAGAAAUUUAUAACCUUUUUUAUAUUUUACGCAUCAGCUCAGCUCUGUCCCAGGGUGAACGCGCAGCUGUGUCCGUCGCGGUGCCGCUGCGCGCUGCCGCCCCCGGUGUGCGCGCCCGGCGUGCCGCUCGUCCUCGACGACUGCGCGUGCUGCCUGGUGUGCGCGCGGCAGCGAGGGGACACGUGCUCGCCGUCGAGCCCCUGCGACGCGCGGAAGGGUCUACACUGCGACCGCGCGGCGGAUGUGCACAACGGGACCGGGGUAUGCGUGGCCCGCGAAGGAGACAUCUGCGUGUUGGAUGGUUCCGUCUAUCAGAACGGCGAGACCUUCUUCCCCAGCUGCAGGUACCAGUGCGUGUGCCGGGACGGCCACAUCGGCUGCGUGCCGCGCUGCGACCUCAGCGUCCUGCUCCCGGGGCUAAACUGCCCUUUCCCACGCAAAGUGCUCGUGCCAGGGGAGUGCUGCGAGAAGUGGGUGUGCGACCCUCCGGCGGAAACAAGCCCCCUCGGCGGCCUUGCCAUGGCAGCUUACAGGCAGGAGGAGACGGUGGGCUUCGACCCCAGCCUGAACUGUAUUGAGCAGAUCACUGAGUGGAGCGCCUGCUCGCGCACCUGCGGCCUGGGCGUGUCCGCUCGGGUCUCGAACCGGAACCGGCGCUGCGAAAUGGUCAAGCAGAGCCGGAUGUGCGUCGUCAGGACCUGCGAGAAGCAGCCGCCGCGGCAGCCGGACCAGGAUGCCCCAAAGGGGAAGUGUGUGAAGGUGAAGCGGACGGAGAAGCCCGUCCGCCUUGCGUUCCGCAACUGCACCAGCGCGAGGACCUACAGGCCCCGGUAUUGCGGGUCAUGCACCGACGCCCGCUGCUGCACCCCGUACCGCACCCGCACCGUGCGUGUGGACUUCCGCUGCCCGGGAGGCAGGGUGCUCAGGAAGCCCAUGAUGUUCAUCGACUCCUGCGCCUGCCACCAUCACUGCCCCCGCGAGAACGCGGCCCACUUCCUAGCAGAACCCGAGUCCAGCAUCAGCGGUCCAAACAUAUAACCGCAGAGCUGGAGACCUGCUCCCCAUCACACA